GUUAUUAAUGUGAAUGAACAAAUAGAUAAUGUGAGAAUUGUGUUUGAUGUGUGACCUGGGAUGGUAGCAGAGAUCUCUCUCUCUCACACACUCUCUCUCUCUCUCUUUCUCACACACACACACACACACACCCCGGUGAUCGAUCCGCUUCAGUCUUCCUGGUCUCUGAUCAGGGUUCCUUCUGUUCUCAUCGAGCCUGCAGGUCGCGUUGGUGUCGGUGAGUCGGUGUGCCGGUCUGGUUCUUGUUCCAUCUGGUUCGUUCUGGUUCCGGCUGCUUGUUCCCUAACUUUUCGGAGUGGAGCUUCGUCUCGGGUGAACUGGUGGCGUCUUCGGGCACUUGGCUCCGCUAGGUUGGGAUCAGUUCCGCCUCAGGUCUGUUUCACACCGAACCCCCGAACACGAAGCAGCUCGAGACGAGGUGAUCCGGUCCGGUUCUGUUAGCAGCUACGUUACUAGAUAGCUGUUAGUCUGAGUUAGCAGCUAGCAGCUAGCGGCUAACCCAGACUGCCUCGGUCCUCCUCAUGCCGGCGAUGCUGGAGAGAAACCCGGAGGCUCCGGGGAAGAGGAGAGGCAGAGGUCCGACGGGGAGCGGCAGCAGCGGGCCCGGAGCAGCAGCAAACCACAGCGGGAAGAGUCUGUCCGGGAAUGGAACCAGCACCAACAGCUGCUGGGAAGAAGGAAGCUCCGGGUCCAGCAGCGACGAGGAGCAUGGGGGAGGAGGGAUGCGGGUCGGACUGCAGUACCAGGCCGUGGUUCCGGACUUUGACCCGGAAGUGUCCCAGGCUGCUCAGCUCAGAGAGAACCUUGGCAUGCUGGUCUGGAUCCCCAGCAGCUGUCUGAACCAGACUCAGUUGGACGAGUACAUUGCCAUCGCCAAAGAGAAACACGGCUACAACAUGGAGCAGGCUCUCGGGAUGCUCUUCUGGCACAAACACAACAUUGAGAAGUCUCUGGCCGACCUGCCCAACUUCACUCCGUUCCCUGACGAGUGGACGGUGGAGGACCGAGUUCUGUUCGAACAGGCCUUCAGCUUCCACGGGAAGAGCUUCCACCGCAUCCAGCAGAUGUUACCUGAUAAAUCCAUGGCCAGUCUGGUGCGAUUUUAUUACUCGUGGAAGAAAAGUCGCAGUAAAACGAGUCUAAUGGACCGACAGACACGCAAACACAAGAGAGAAAGAGAUGACAGCGAGGAUGAAGUCGAGGUCAGAAACAUAAAUCCUCCCAGUGACUCUGAGCUCGACCCAAAUAAAGACGACAAGAAGGAGCUGAGUUCUGGAUCAGAGAGGUCAGAGGUCAAACUAGCUCCUGGACCAAAGACAGGUAGCAAGGCGUCUCAGCGGUUGAAAAAACGACCUCCAAAAGGAAUGUUCCUGAAUCAGCAGGACGUGGUUUCUCUCUCGUCUUCGUCUGCUCAGGGUCUCAUCCGACAACUGGAUUGUCAACUGGUCUCCAUAAAGAGACAGAUCCAGACUAUCAAACAGUCAAACGGCUCCCUGAAGGAGAAAAUCAGCUCAGGAGUUGACGAGUACAAACAGCCUGAGGUGAAUCAGAAGUUUAACACUCGUUGGACCACAGAGGAGCAGCUGCUUGCUGUUCAAGCCAUCAGGAAGUAUGGGCGGGACUUCCAGGCAAUCUCAGAUGUGAUUGGUAACAAGUCGGUGGUUCAGGUGAAGAACUUCCUGGUGAACUACAGACGGAGGUUUAACCUGGAUGAGGUUCUUCAGGAGUGGGAGGCCGAACACGGCAUGGAGGCGGGAGACAGGGGAGGAGGAGAGGAGGACAAGAUGGAGGACAAGAUGGAGGAGUGUCCUGCUGAGGAGGAGGAGUUCACGGCCACGGAAACAAAAGAGGACUCGACCUCUCCGAUGGACUCCCAGAAGCCUCUGCCGUCUUGACUCCGUCCUCUGGUUCGAUGAUGUCUUCAUGAGUUUAUUAUUUUAUUUUACUGUGUUUGACUUUUAUUGGUCAGUUAUGAGGUUUUUGUCAUGAACUUGUCGUCACUGCCAAUCAGAAUUCAAAGUGUGUGGGGUCUGUUUUGUCUUUUUUUCCCCACAGAUUUCACAAUGUUUUAUGUUUUGUUUUUGGGGGUGGGGCUUCGCUAUGUUGGAUGAUGUCACUCAGGUAGGGGGCCUUGACAAAAAACAAAAACGUCAUUAAUAAACAAAUCUGUUUCUUCUUUA